AUGAAGAACCGUUCCUCAUCCCCCCCUUUGCACGUCCAUGUGGAUGAGAACACCCCUGUCCAUGUCCAUAUUAAAAAGGGUCAGAAAACCUCACCUGCAAAAUGCCAGCAAAAGCACAAACAGAAAACAAAAGGAGACACCACGAGCACAGGCCGAGCUGUUCGGGUGAAAGCUAAGGCCCCCUGGGUGCCCCCUGGCAAAGCAUCUGUCCGGGAGUCCCCCUGCAAACGGGAGGCCCCAGCCCACCACCUGGAAACGACCCCUGCAGAUGCAGAGAAGAUGCUGUCGGUGCUGCGCCUCAGCGACCUCUCCGCAGAUGAGGAGGAUGAGGAGGGUUCUGUGCAGUGCAGGAUGGAGGAGUAUGGGAAAAAGAUCGACAGCCUGAUGAAUGCUGUGGGAGCACUGACGAACGAGGCCAAGCUGCAGAAAAAGGAGGAACAGCAGCAAGUGAAGAAGUGUCUCCUUGAGGAGCAGAAGGAAGAACUGAAGGAGGUCACACAAGAGCUGGUGGAGGCAGAGCAUGAGAACAUCCUGCUGAGGCGCAACAUCGAGCGCAUGAAGGAGGAGAAGGAUCUGACUGUGCUGCAGAAGAGGUAUCUGCAGCGUGAGAAGGAGAGCUUGAUGUCCAAGCUGAGCGAGGCAGAAAGGGACGGAGCAGCAGCAGCCAGGCAGAUCCAUGCCCUCAAGCACACGAUUGGGAGGCUCAACGUUGAGAAACACAUGAGCAGCUCAGAUGUUGACACACUGACAAAGCAGAAAGAGCUUCUGCUCCAGAAGUUGAGCACCUCUGAAGAGUCCAACCGGACGCUGCAAGAGCUGCUCAGGGAGCAGCACAGCCGGGAGAAGGAUGCUCAGAAGAUAGUGGAGCAGCAAGGAGCACUGCUGAAGAGGCUGGCUGACUCGGAGGCAGAGAAAGUGCAACUUCAGAUGAGGCUUCAGGAGAAAGAAAAAGAAGUGGAGGAUCUUACUGUUCAGAUACAGUCAGAAAAGGAGCAGGCCAAGGCAGCAGGAGAGCUCUCUAAGUCGCUGGAGGCUGUCAGAGGUCGUCUACAAGCGCAGCUUCGAAGCAGGGAGGCGGAGAACAACCGACUGACCACACGGCUCUGGAACCUGGAGCGCAGCGAGGCUCAGCACAAGGCGGAGGUGGAAGGUGCCAUGGGACAGCUGCAGGAGCUGAGGCAGAGGACAGAGCGUGACAAGGAGGCUCUGAAGAAAGCUGCCAGGGUGCAGAAGGAGCAGGCACAGCAUGCCCAGGAAUAUGCAGAGCAGCUUGCCCUGCAGCUGGCCCAGAAGGACAGUUACAUGGCUGAGGCACUGUCUACCCUGGAGUCCUGGAGGAGCCGCUACCACAAAGCAGUGAAGGACAAGAGUGGCCUGGAACUGGAAAUUGUGGCACUGAACAGCCGUGUUGCAGACUUGCUGGAGCAGCAGACAGCCCUACAGGACAGGAUGCAGGAGGACAGAGAAGCUUUGAUGGAUAAAUUGCAUCACCAGAGUUCAGAGACCAGCUCCUUCAAAAUGGAGAACGAGAGGCUGAGGGCUAGUGUGGUCCCCAUGGAGGAAAAGCUGAACCUGGCACAGAUGGAAGUGCAGCAGCUCAAGGGCUCUAUCAGGAGCUACGAAGGACUGAUUGAAAGCUACAAGUCACAGGUGGUGAAGACCCAAAUAGAAGCAGAGGAUAUGGCAGCAAAGCUGGAGAAGUGCAGUAAAGAGAACAAGAUACUAAAGGAUGAAAUGAGCAAGGAGAUUGAGUUGGUGCGCCAGCAGUUCCAGAGCCAGCUUGCUGAGCUGGAGAAGCUGCCUGAGAUCCUAAAGGUCAAAGAGACACAGCUGGCAGAAUGUCAGGAGCAGCUUCAGAGUUACGAGAAGAAGAGCAUGGACCUGUCUGUGGUGGUUGCAGAUCUUCGCCAGCUGAUUGAGCUCCAGGGGGACAAAAUGGAGAUGACAAGAGAGAGGUGUCAGUCUGCCCAAGAGGAGAAAAGGCAGCUCACCUUGAAGGUGGAAGAGCUAGAAAGAAAACAGGAGGCAACGAGUGCCCAGAACAUAGAAUUCCUGCAGGUCAUAGCCAAGCGUGAGGAGUCCAUCCACCAGUGCCAGCUGCGGCUGGAGGAGAAGAGCCGUGAGUGCAGCUCCCUGGCCCGGCAGCUAGAGACGGCCAUCGAGGAUGCCAAGAGACAAGUGGAACAGACUCGAGGGCGAGCUGCGUCUCGGGAGAGGGCAGCCCAGGCCAAGCUGCUGGAUUUGGAGACGCAGCUGAGCAGGAACAAAAUGGAGCUGAAUCAGCUGCGGCGGAGCAAAGACGAUGCAGAGCGCCGCUUUGAGAGCCGCCUGCAGGACCUGAGGGAUCGCCUGGAGCAGUCAGAGAGCACCAACCGCAGCAUGCAGAGCUACGUCCACUUCCUCAAGGCCUCCUACGAUAAUGUCUUUGGGGAAGGGACCCUGCUGGGCUCCCCCGGCCGCUCUCGCUCCUCUCCCUGA